AUGAGGGACCGCACCUUUCGACUCGGCGCUGCAGGCAAGGCGCUGAUAGCUGGCGGGCUCUUGGGCCUGAAGGGCAGCUUGCCCACCUUCGUUGUUUCGCUUGGGGGUCCAGCGGCCGCACCAACCGGACAAGCCACGGCGUCGGAUCCCUCUCAGUCCAGGACGUUGGAAGGCAGUGGAGGGGCCGCCCUCGGCGCCCUCGGGUCCCUUGGAUCCCUCGGCUCCCUGGGUUUGGGCGCUGCCCUCCUUGUGCGAGGCAGGAGACGUGCCGGUGCCAGAGCUUGUGGGAAGGUUCUUCGUGCGGAGCCAACUGAAAGAAGGAGACCAGAGGAGGAAGUGGAGGAGGAGGUAGCCUUCUUAGACGGCGAGGCUUGCGGUGGCAAGGUGGCCUGCGCAGCCCUCAUCUCGUCUGCGAAGAGCCAAUGCGUUCAUCCGGAAAGGAAGCCGCCGUACCUUUGCGGGGACUGCCCACGGAACGCCAAGACCUUCGACGAGAAGGUCUGCGCGGCUGCAGCGUUCGUGUCAUCAGCGAAGACACAGUGUGUGCAUCCAGAGCGGAAGCCUCCAUAUCUCUGCGGCGACUGUCCUCGCAACGGGUUCAUGAAGGAAGCUCAGGACACGCCCAAGGUGUGCUCCGCGGCAGCCUUCGUGUCUUCUGUCAAGACACAGUGCGUGCAUCCAGACAGAAAGGAUCCUUAUCUUUGCGGAGACUGCCCUCGGGCUCCGAAGUUCAGCAAUCUCUGA